UCACUGAAAUUUCGUAAAUGGAUGAAGUUUUGUUAUAUGGGAUUAGCAGUCUAGAUUAAGGUUAUGUUGAUGAUCAGCACAGAUGAUAGAAAUUGCCUAGUAUUCUGUGUCAGAAAUCAGAAACAAGAAUUGCUGAGUGCUCUUGCUCUUAUCUGCGUUUGUGACAUGUGUGGAUAAGGAAUAAGGAAGAAGUUGUGGGCCAUAACAAAAAUAAACGCAAAAUAGUGAUGAUUGAUAUUGAUAAUGAAUGAUAAUAUGAAAAUGGGUACUUUGGAUGUCUCUCAACUUGCUGAUAUAUUAAGACCUUCCAGUUGUGAUGUUUUCAGUGGAAAAGGAAAACUGUGUUUGUCAGUGAAUUACCUGAACAAAUUAAAUAGUGUUAUUGAUAAGUAUAUAGCUGAAGAUAUGAACUGCUUCCAUAUAGUCCAAAGUAACACAAAGACGACUCUCAUUAAGGAUGUGCAAUUUCUUUCAGAUCUUAUUCUUAAAACUUGUAGUCUGCGAAUUACUCCCGAUUUGGUCGACAAUUACUCUUGUGUUGAUAUCAGCAGAUUUAAGAAUGUGAAAAUAUUGGAAAUAUACAAACUCAAUAUAAAUCUAGUUGUUGGUCUUCAAAGGCUACGCUCGCAAAUCCAAGAACUUGCAUGCUCCAGAAGUAUACAAACUGUUAGCGAUGUUCUUGAAAAAUGUGGAGGUGACAAUAGCCAACGUUAUAACUGGAAUGAAUUGAAAAAGGCAAACUUUUCGCAUAAUGCUAUUUUAGAACUCGAUAGUAGCAUAGAAUGUACUCUUGCCCUUCAUUCGUUGGAUCUAAGUCACAAUGAGCUCAGUAAAAUAGACCUCUUGAAUCAACUGCCAAAUUUGAAACAUUUGAAUCUAUCAUACAAUAAACUAGUAUCUGUGCCCAACUUUAAGGGUCAAAUUUGCAGCAGGUUGCAGGUGUUGAUAGUAAAUAAUAACUUUAUUGAGGAACUACAAGGUCUCACAACAAUUGUUAAUUUAUUGCAACUUGAUCUUGGGCAGAAUUGUCUUCUAGAACACAAAUCUUUACUAUAUAUUUCCCAUUUAUCAUCUCUACAGUGGUUGAAUUUGCAAGGAAAUCCAUUAUCGUUCCACCCACAGCACAGAAGUUUAUGUUGCAAUUACCUAAACAAAAACGUUUCUACAUUGAAAUUUUCAUUGGAUAGCUUAGAACUGACUAAAGCAGAAAAGAGCCUCACAGGAUCAUUUUACCCAAUAACACAAUCUGCUCAACUAUCGUCAUCUUCAAAUAAUUCAUGUACUUCCUUGACUGGUUCUGUACGAGAGAAACCAAGGAGAAUUCGUAAUGUUACUAUAGAAGAUGACAAUGAUGUUAAAGAUAUUGCUCCAGUUUCAACUCCCUCUUCAUCUCUGCAGCAUUUGGAAUUGAAGCGACAGGUAGAGCAGUUGAGAGAGGAAUAUGGAGAAUCCUGGUUAUACAGGAACUCUGGACUCAUUGUUCAAGAUGUACUAGGUUUUGAGAAAACAUCUGUACUUUCAUCUACACCCAAAGAGGAAGAUAUUGAAUCCUUAUGUUUUCAGAACACCAAUGAAAAUAUGGAAAGUGGAAUAUCUGAAUUCAAAACUGCUGACAAUACCCAAGAUUCUAUAAAUAAUGAGACGUUUCAAUCGGCAGAUAACAGUAUAUUUAACAACAUACAACCUGAAAAUGACUCCUCCGACUCAUCCGAUGGUGAAGAUAUUUAUUGUGGGGGUGAAGAAUGCAUAUUUCUUGCAACUAAUAAAGCAGAUAAUAGUCAAGUAUUUUUAGUUGUUACAGACAAAUACAUUUCAGAACGGAAUGUAACAACAAGCAAAGAAAAGGCAAGGUGGCAUCUUAAUUCUGUGAUAAAUUGUGAAGUAAAUAAAGAAAAUGGGGAUAUAGUUAAAUUGGAUUUUGAUACUUUGAGAAGAGAUCGCAAACAAAGGUUAUACGAGUUGGAUGAAGAUGAAAGAGAAGCAUUUCUGACUACUGUUAGGGGUAAGCUUGAAAAUCGGUCGGAAAGUGAUGAAAGGAAGAAAACUCAUUAUCAGUGCAUAAAGUGUUCUGAAGAAUUUCAAAAAGAAAAAAAUGCUUUAUUGGAUCAACCUAGUGUUUCAUGUCCAAAUUGUGAAGGUAACCUGGUAGUCGAAAGAACCUAAAGUUUAGGCUGAUGUUUUAUAUUAUAAUUUUUGAUCAACUUAUUAAAUGUAAAUAUGUGAGAUAAUUGAAUUUUAAAUAUUAAUGUUUUACGAACAAGAAUUUUCAUCUAUACAGUCAAAGUGUUAUUUGAUUACAAAUAACACUUUGUGUUAUUUGUCUUCUAACAAAAUGUUAUUAGUGAACUAUUUUUUUAAUUACUGGUGAAGAAAUGGUAGAAACUAGAAAGCUUGAGAGGGUGAAAAUUUUCUAUAUAUUGAAGAUAUAGAAUUUAAUUUUUCAAUAAAUUUUACAUGACGAUUUCUGAAAGUAAGUUUUACUAAUUAUAAGAUGUGCCCAGGGUUAGUGUUUAUCCAUUUCUUCACUUUUAAAUCAAGAAAUUAAGUGCCCAUUUAUACACAUCAUGAAAUAGUUUUUACGGAUUUUUCAUUCAUUGUACAUAUAACGUGUAGAUAUUGACAAUAUGUUGUGUACAGAUAUAUACAUACAUAUGUAAAUUUGAAUCUAAAAUCAAAAUUGUUUACAUUCAGUCUGUGAUCUUCAUUCUAUUCUGUUCAAUUACUGAAAUAAAAAAUAUUUUCACUAAU